AUGACCCUCACGGACAAGAUCAAAUCCAUCUUCAAACACGAUAUACAAGACUCGGCUUCUAGUUCCAAAAUGUCUGCCAAGGCUGUUGUUAACGGCGUCGUUAUCGCCGAAACCGACCGAUAUGAGAAGGUUGAGGGGAAUGUCUAUUUCCCGCCCGAGUCCUUGAAAUCUGACUACUUCAAGACAACCGAGACCCAUACGGCUUGUCCAUGGAAGGGGUUAGCAAGCUAUUAUACCAUUGAUAUCGGUGACGGGAACCCUCUUGUGGAUGCUGCGUGGUACUAUCCCGAACCAAAGCCGGCGGCUUCGAAUAUCACGGGUUAUGUUGCUUUCUACAAGAACAAAGUCCAGAUUACCGCCUGA